AUGCAGACGCCCGACGACGCCGGUGGCGACGACGUCUUCACCGAGGUCGACCUCGUGCCCAAGUCGUGUCUCUCGGAGAAGCCGUCGCGCGGCUUUCUCGAGCGCUUUGGCGCGUCGCCGGCCAAAGCCAAUGCCCAUAAAUACGUGGUGACGGCGCCGAUCGUCAUUGUGGACGCGCCACCGACGACGCCACCACCGACGACGGUGGACGAGAUCGAAGAGCCAGCACCCGAAGUCGUCAUCUACGACUCGCCUGUCAAGCAGCCUUCGCCGUUGACGCCCGCGGUGCCCCCGCUGCAUCGAUCCGACGGCUCGUUCACGGCCACGAGCAGCAGCAGUUCCAGUUCCAGUCGUAGUAGUUGUAUGUACUUGGGCGUCACGGUCGUCGGCGCCACCAAUUUGCUCAAGGUCCACAAGUUUGGCGUCCAAGCGCCGUACCUCGAGCUCAAGCUGAGCUGCGAAGACGCGGGAUUUCGCACCGCCGAGUACAAGAAAGGCGGCUCCGAGGCGCAUUGGCACCAGUCGUUCACGCGCCGCCUCCUCUCGGUCGACGACACGACGAUGCAGCUCGCUGCCAAGGCGAGCACGACCGUCAUUGGCGAGGCCUUUGUCGUGCUGCGGUCGCUCCACCUCUCGUCCGCUCCGACGACGCACUGCAUUCCGCUCGUACGGGAAAAGCACUCGGAACCUGUCGGCGUCGUCGAGCUACUCCUGCAGCUGCUCGACAGUUUGCCGGUCGCGUGCCCCGUCGCGCCACUGCCGCCGACACCGUCGCCGAUCGACAAGCCGGUCGAGCCGCGGGUGACGCUCUCUACCGUCAAGUACAACGACGUGGGCGAGAAUCGGUCGAGUCUCUGGGACGCGCCGGUGCGGAAAGGCACACUCAUGUUCAAGGUCCCGUAUCACGCCAAGUCGACAAGCGCGCCGAAGCGCAAGUGGGUCAUCGUCAACGAUGUUCCGAAACGCGGCCUCUGCGUGACGUGGACCGACCCGGAGAAGCACGAGAAGGCCCAUAGCAUCGCCUUGCACGAUGUGCUGGAAGUCAAGACCGGCAUCAAGACCCAAGCGUUUCGACGGCAGCACGCGCAGAGCAGUAAGGGCAACACGUUCUUUCACGACGACGCGUGCUUCUCGCUCGUGUCGGCGUCGCGGUCCCUCGACCUCGCGGCCGCCAGCAAGGAGGAAGCCCAGGUAUGGGUGCACUGCCUGCGCAAACUACUCCAGCACGAGACCUCGGGCGCCGCGGUGGCCAGUGCGACGCUCUCCGAGCUCAAGACUUCCGCGCUUUCCCCGCGCGACCUUGGCAAGAAGAAAUCGGACCACACGACGUGGCUCCAUUGCCUCUUUGACGCGGCCAAGCGCAACGACGUGAGCGAGAUCGCGCGCUUUCUCCUCGACGGGUGCCCCGUCGACCUGCUCGAGGCCGAGUCGGGCGACACGAUCUUAUUCCUGGCCUGUCGCUCGGGCAACGUGCCGCUCCUCGAGCUCUGCCUCAAGUGGGGCGCCAAGAACGAUCCGCACCCGACCUUUGGCGACACAGCGCUGCAGAUCGCGGUCAAGGCGUCGCAGCCCGAGUGCGUUCGCCAGCUGCUCUCGAUCGCGGCGAAGAGCGAUAUGGACACGGAGAUCGUCAACCACGUCGACCACGCCAACCAAGCGCCACUGCACGUCGCCGCGGGCCAGGGCGACUUGGUGUGCCUCCAGUACCUCCUGCACCACGGCGCCGACAUUUGCGUCGUGCAGAACAACGGGUUUACGCCGCUCCACUGUGCGGUGCUCUCCGGGCACGACGCGUGCGUCCGGUACAUCCUCGACGUCGGUGGCGACGCGAUCUUGAACACGGGCGACGGGCACGGCAACACGCCGCUCCACUGCGCCGUUAGCAUUGGCCACGAAGGCCUUGUCAAGCUGCUGCUCGAGAGCGCGGCGGACGUGACGAUCCUCAACGCAGACAUGUGCACACCAUACAAGAUGGCGCGCAAGGCCAAGCUCCGCGCGAUCCAAGCGCUUCUCGCCACGUACGAGCCCGAGCCGACCAAGGAAGAGCCGCCUCUCUCGGCGCGCCAGCACAUUCGAGACGCCCUGAGCAAGCAGCGCCCGACCAACGUCUCGCCGUCCAAAUCGCUCAGCGCGCGGUCCACGUCGACGUUCGAGGGCGACUACGACGGCUACACGAGCGGCGGGUCCGCGUCGACGUCGCCGACGUCCUCUGCGUACAACUACGCGUACCGAGCCGCGAUGUACGUCCCCGAGACCACGUCGACUGGAUAUUAUCCCCGCAGCUAUGAGUACCCGCCGGCGCCGCAUCCAUCGACCGAGUGGGACGUCAAGUAUACCACCGACGGCCAUGUCUACUAUGUCAACUUGUACACGGGCGUGUCGCAGUGGGAGUGUCCGCCGGCGCUGCAACAUCCAUCACCAACGUACGAGUACGCGCCGCCGCCGCCGGCCGCCUACGACUCUCGAAGCCAAUACAUUCGCGCCCAGCUUGGGUCCGCAAGGCAGGCUUACAUGGCCACACCGCGCCAAGUGAGCGGAUUGGAGACGACGACGACGACGACGAUGGCGUACGACAGCACCAGCGCGGCGUCGUCACCGACGUCGUCGCCUCGCGUCAAGACGAGCUUCUCCGAGCGGCGCAAGACCGAGGGACUCUCGGUCGUGACGGCGCUGCCGGCCAUUAACGCCGCCCCCGAGGUGACGACCGUGGCCGCGGCCGACGCAAGUGACAUCUUUCAACGGUCCCGCUCAAGGUCCCCGAAGGGCAAGUCCAAGACUGUGAAACUCCUCGACGUCAAGCGCUCCAACAACAUUGUCAUGACGCUCUCGGACUUUGAGUUUCACACGCAGUACGACAAGAUUGCGCAAGCGAUUGUCGACAUGGACGAGUCGGUUUUGAACCUCGAAAAAGUGCGGUGUCUCAAGAACCUCUUUCCCACGGAUGAAGAGAAGGAGAGUCUUCUCAAGUAUACGGGGGACGUGGCCGACUUUGGCAAGGCCGAAAAAUUCAUGCUCGCGUGUCUUCGCGUCGAUGAUAUCAAUACCCGCGCAGACGCUUUCCUCUUCAAGCUCAAGUUUACCAAGUCCGUGCUUCAAGUACGGUCGCGCAUCGACUUGAUUCUGGCCGCGAGCCAUGCCAUCUUGGACGUACCGGCGACGACUGCCCUCUUGCAUCAGACAAGAACAAAGAUCACUGGCGUCGACUACAUGGCCCGGAUCUCGGCACUUCGCGCCGAGCUUUUGCCCGCCCAUAUAUCAGCGCUGCAGUCGCUCCACGAUCUGCCUGAUCUGAGUGUCUUGUCGCGCUCCGAGCUCCAAGAGGUGCUCGACGUGCUGAGUCACGGCCUGCGGCAGUGCCAGUCCCUCUUGGUGGGCAGCAAGAAGGCUGCGUCGCCGUGCAUGGGUGCUGCUGCGGUCGCGUCGCUCGAGACAUUUAUCAAAGCCAGUGGCGCGCAGCUCAACGACGUGAGCGAAGACUUUCGAGGUGACUGA